UUUAUCAGCAUUACCUUUAUUUCAAAUAAAGAUGUACAACAAUGCAUAAUUCUUAUCCUGCAAAACGUAAUUUUAAUUAGAUCUACAUUUAUAAUUUAACGAAAUUUGAUACCACGCGGUAAAUUGGUUUACGUGGAAUGAAAAAGUUAAUAUGUGUUUUUAGAAUUGCAUGUGUCUUAGAAAUAAAAUAAUUGAUUCAUAUUUUUCCAAUCCGUGGACUUUCUAUCUGAAGUUACUUUUUAAACAUAAAUUAAAAAUGGACUACUGUGUUUUAGUAAUAUUGGUUUGGACCAUGGCGAUCACAGCUGGAGGAGUCAUUCUGGACAACUGCCCGCCGGCUGAUCCAAAUUGCCACCCGACAUGUAUCGUUUAUACAGCCGAUCACUGUAGAUACUGCAUGUGUAACCAUGAAGCAAGUAGUUUUGGAUCUGCGUCUAGUUCGGACAAAUCGUCCGAUGCAGCAUGGGAUAAGGGAUUCGAAGGCGGUGAUUGGUCAAAUAAAUUGAAUGCUGAUUCGGGCGUCUGGUCUACCACUGAUCGAAGAGAUUUUUCAAGCGAUUCAUCGUCGUCUGCUAAAGAAGAAACAGUUAAAUAUGUGAUCGUAGAAAAACAACCAGAGCAAAGCUACUCAAAUACUGCACUCACAUCAGGACUGAACUCGCUUAGUCCUCUACCAAACCCGUUCCCUGCAGGGUUGCAAUCGCCUUUCGCUGGUUCUCACAUGUCUCCAGCUCUCCUCCCGGGAACCAAUGCUAUAACAGAUUUGGAUGCAUACGGUUCCAAUGUGAUUCACGUCCCUUUGUUAGCACCAGGUAUUCCAAAAUAUUGCGUGAGAUGCCGUAUUCUCAGCUGUCCGAGAACUUGUGAACGUGUUGACGAAUAUGGAUGCAGAAGUUGUCCGUGUGCGCCUUCGAGGUACCAGACCAUGCCAGUGAUGAAAGAUUGCUCAGGUUCGGAACCAGUCGAGCGGAAGCCAGAUUGCAGUGCAACAAAACUUUGUAUGGAAACAUGCAGUGACGGGUACAAGCUCGGUGAUGUCGGAAGGGAUGGUUGCCGGUCCUGCACGUGUAUACGUAGAGCCCCAACGACAACACCAAAACCUAAAUCAAAUAAUUGCUUUGCAACAUUGUCUUGUAUGUUGAAAUGUAAAGACGGUUACCUGUUAGGUGAAACUCAAGCAAAUGGUUGUCCAUCAUGCAAAUGUUUAGCCAAAGGUCAAGGACACGCUUCCUCAAACAAUAACAAUAAUGGAAAUAAUGCUAACAAAAGUAAUUUUGAUAAUAAUAGUAACAAUUUCCACAGCAAUAACAACAACAAUAACAACAACAACAACAAUAAUAAUAAAUGGAAUAGUGGAUCUUCCAAUUGGAACAACAAUAACAACAACGCUCAAAUGAUGAAUUAUGGGAAUUCCGGAAGCGGAAACAGCAAUAGUGGCAACGGAUGUUCUGGAACAAAGACUAAUUAUCUUUCAAGUAAUAAUGGCAUUGGAAGUGGAAAGUGUGAACCUCCCAUGUGCUUUGAUGGCCAUAUGUCAGUGGAUCAGGCUAUGAAGAUAGGAUCUGAGAGUGCAGGUGGCGGUGGUGGUUGUAAUGAAGGCGGUGGAACGAACGGUAACGGUAUGGGUAACGGAAUGGGAAACGGCGGUAACGGGAUUGGAAACGGAGGAAUGGGCGGUGGUGGAAUGAGCAAAAAUGGUAUGGGAAAUGGCGGUAGCGGUAUAAUGGGUAGCGGAGGAAUGGUCGGUGGUGGAAUGAGUACAGGAUCAGUCAGUGCUAGCGGUAGUGGAAUGCCAAGUCCGUUUUCUGUCUCUAUGAGCGGAUCAAAGGGAGGCGGGAUGCCCAUGAACGGAGGUGGUGGAGGCAUGUUAGGGGGCGGGGCAAGAGGCGGAGCUGCUGGAAUGUCAUUUAGUCCAUUUUCUUCAGCGAUGUCUGGGGGAGGACAAAAUAAAGGGAGGUCAUCAGGAACAGGCGUUAUUUCUAGCGUGUCGUCGGUAGCCUAUAAUACAGACUGCGUUGGUGCCGAGUGUUCUGCUAAAAAUAGAAUGCAACAUAAAGAUUGCGCCGACUUGGUACACUGUUUAGUCACGUGUAAGGGUAACUAUAUGCUAGGACCACUUGAUGACGCCGGAUGUCAAACAUGUUCCUGCACGAACAGUUUAUAA